GGCGCCCCGACAGACAAUGAUCCUCUCGGGCCCCUUCCUCCUGGCUGGGAGAAGAGACAGGACAAUGGGCGAGUGUAUUACGUGAACCACAACACCCGGACCACGCAGUGGGAAGACCCUCGCACGCAGGGGAUGAUCCAGGAGCCGCCGCUGCCACCAGGCUGGGAGAUGAAGUACACGAACGAGAGCGUGCGCUACUUUGUGGACCACAACACGCGCACCACCACCUUCAAGGACCCACGGCCGGGCUUUGAGUCUGGGAGCAAGCAUGGCGGCGGCGCGUACGACCGGAGCUUUCGCUGGAAGUACCACCAGUUCCGCUUCCUCUGCCAUUCCAACGCGCUGCCCAGCCAUGUGAAGAUCAGUGUGUCCCGACAGACACUCUUUGAGGACUCGUUCCAGCAGAUCAUGAACAUGAAGCCAUAUGACCUGCGGCGACGGCUGUACAUCAUCAUGCGAGGAGAGGAGGGUCUGGACUAUGGUGGCAUUGCCAGGGAGUGGUUCUUCCUCCUGUCCCACGAGGUGCUCAACCCCAUGUACUGCCUCUUCGAGUAUGCGGGCAAGAACAACUACUGCCUGCAGAUCAACCCAGCCUCCUCCAUCAACCCUGACCACCUCACCUACUUUCGCUUCAUCGGCCGCUUCAUCGCUAUGGCUCUGUAUCAUGGGAAGUUCAUCGAUACUGGAUUCACACUGCCCUUCUACAAACGGAUGCUGAACAAGCGACCGACGCUGAAGGACCUGGAGUCCAUCGACCCUGAGUUCUAUAACUCUAUUGUCUGGACCAAGGAGAAUAGCCUGGAGGAGUGUGGCCUGGAGCUGUACUUCAUCCAGGACAUGGAGAUCCUGGGCAAGGUGACCACCCACGAACUGAAGGAGGGUGGCGAGAGCAUCCGUGUGACAGAGGAGAACAAGGAGGAGUACAUCAUGCUGCUGACGGACUGGAGGUUCACUCGAGGUGUGGAGGAGCAGACCAAGGCCUUCCUGGAUGGCUUCAACGAGGUGGUGCCAUUGGAGUGGCUGCGGUACUUCGAUGAGAAGGAGCUGGAGCUGAUGCUGUGCGGCAUGCAGGAGAUCGACAUGAACGACUGGCAGAAAAAUACCAUCUACAGGCACUACACCAAGAACAGCAAACAGAUCCAGUGGUUCUGGCAGGUGGUUAAAGAGAUGGACAAUGAGAAGAGGAUCCGACUGCUGCAGUUUGUGACCGGGACCUGCCGCCUGCCCGUCGGGGGCUUCGCAGAGCUCAUUGGCAGCAAUGGGCCCCAGAAAUUCUGCAUCGAUAAAGUUGGCAAAGAGACGUGGCUGCCACGGAGUCACACGUGCUUCAACCGCCUGGAUCUGCCUCCCUACAAGAGCUACGACCAGCUGAAGGAGAAGCUGCUUUACGCUAUCGAGGAGACGGAAGGGUUUGGCCAGGAGUGA